AAAAAACCAAACAAUCGUUUUAUUUGUUAUUAAUUGUCCGUUAAGUGAAUCCAUCGAUUGUCUUAUAACCUGAUCCGUGGUAUAGUGUCUGCCGUAGUCGUCUAUAAUGAACGCUCCGCCGGCUUUCGAGUCAUUCCUGCUCUUCGAGGGCGAAAAGAAGAUAACGAUAGAAAAGGACACAAAAGUGCCGAAUGCGGCCAUAUUUACGGUCAACAAAGAGGACCACACUCUCGGAAAUAUGAUCAGAAUACUAAUGCCAUUGCUUUGUGUCCACUCAUGUCUUAGGCAACUGUUGAAAGACCCGCAGGUGUUGUUCGCCGGCUAUAAAGUGCCGCAUCCGUUGACCCACGAGUUUGUGCUUCGCGUUCAGACAACUGCCGACUACUCACCACAAGAGGCCCUAAUGAACGCCAUCACUGAUCUGAUCAGUGAACUGUCACUUCUUGAGGAGCGCUUUCGGGAAGCGGUUCGGGAGCGACAAGAAGGCAACGACUGAUCCGCGUAUCCCUUCCUCUCUCUCUCCUCGCAUUGCAUUAUUCAUCUCAUGGUUCAGGUCUUGGCGUACGAGAGAUGCGAAAAAUAAAAGUUUUAUAUAAUUUAUAGUAAUUUAGUGUAAAAGAUAAAUGGAUAGCAAACAAAACAAAACGUAUUGAACAACUGGUUUGUGCGGCCAAUGCUGUACUCAAGCCUUAAAUUGUUUGAAUUUUUUGAAUUAAUUAACUUUCCAUUCGUUGUCUAUAAUCUAAUGAUUACUUUUUUCAUAUCCUAUCAUAUAAUAGGGGCUUACAGUUGAAGAGCUGUUUAAGUGAUUAUUAAUUUGUAUUUAUAAUUAAUGUUUUAAAAAAAUAGUGUCUAACAGUGAAUACCUGUCGCUAACAUUCAUAUACCGAUUGACAACACGUUUUGAUUAUAAUUAUUUUUCACAACCAAUUUUUCACUACCAGAAAACAACUGUACAUUAAAUUGAUUUUCAUUUUCUUAUUUUUAUGUAAAUAUUAUUUUUUAAUCGAAAAAUAAAUGCUUUUUGAAGAAAGAAAGAGAGGGGAGAGAAAAGAGUGACGAAUUUGUUGUUGAAAAUUAAACGAUUCAAAAAAUAAGACAAAAAACUCAUUAAAAGUUUAUCAAUAAUUAAUCAAAAAGAAUAGCUUAUGUGGAACUGUAGGACAGCAUCGACACCAACAACAGUCCCCAUAAGGCCUGAAACGUUCACUUCUUCAUAGGUUUGAACGGGUUUUGCGAUCCAAAGAGAGAGAGAGAGAGAGAGAGAGAGA